CAGCAGCAUCCGGGACCCUGUCUGCCUCGGCACGGCAUUUCUAUUUUUGCAUCACUUGCAGAUUGUGUGUGCUUUCCUUUGUUGUGUAUGUUAGUAAUGGUUCGUGUGUAGUCGCUGACGUACAUUUGCGAGACAACUAAAAAAAGAAAAAAGAAAUACGUGGAGGCAUAGCCGUUGAGGACUCGAGCCCUUGGUUGUUGGCGUACUACGAGGAAAAUGGCCAUGGCACAACAUGACGGUUGUAAAGAGACAUUUAAUAACGGUGACACUGCGACAGAAGGGCCCCAGGAGGAGACCGUCGAAGAAGUGGCUGAAGAGGUGAAGGUGAGGGCUGCGGAAGAAGAGGUAGAGAAGGAGCAUGAACCCCACAGAAGGCAUCAGUAUUCCAAAGCCGAACUCCUGCGUCUACGCCAUGCACACCACCAAAGGCCUUCCUGUUUGGAUCCCCUCUACAACAACCUCUCUGGGAUGUGGGAUCCGGAGCGCUGGUUUCUCGGCAAGCGGCGAGGAACCAGUCCUUCAGGCACGGAAGUCACGGACACCACCCGUGGUAAGCGAGAGCGCCUGGACUCUGAAGGAGACGUGCCACAAAGUGGGCCCGGGCAAGGUUCCAAACGACGGAGCGGAGACCCACGGGAGCGGGUGUCGAGAGAGGACGAGAUAGUUCUGAGCCCCCAGAGGAGAAGCUUCGGUACGGGGUGUCAUGUAAGCCAACCCUCACCGCUUGCCAGCAACAGGCACACCACUCUCGAUGGAGGUUCCAAGGAUGGUGAGGGUGGCGGUGGCCUGCUUCUGCAUGGUAGUGGAGCACAUGGAGUGGAGCGUGGACGUCGCAUCGGUAGUGGACGUAUCUUACGAGACCAGGGACCUCAGCCGCCGUGGGGGGACAGGGACUACGGAUAUGGGACAGCACGACGAUUUGACGACGGUAGUUCAUCCUACAGAAGCGAUCGUCGUAGAGGGGCAGGGCGAGAAGACAGUCGUUCAUUCCAUGACCUAGAAGAGGCUCCAGAAUGGUUUGUUGGAGGACCCAGCAGCCAGCACGAGACUAUUGAGCUAGUUGGUUUCGAUGAGGACUCCCAGCCUGACGGUGGGCCCAAGCAGAGGGGAGGCAGACGUGCGCGUCGUGCACGAGAAGUUACUCGGCAACGUGUGCACACCCCUGCUGAAACGGAUGCCUCCACUGAUGCUCGAGCAGAAGAAAAAGCAGAGAUAUCAGCAGCUUCGCAAGAAAAAGAAAAAGUAUCGGAAGAGGUUGCUUCUCUGCAACCUUCAGAAAAUCACUUUGAUGCUGCUGCCCCCAAGACAGAAGAACGAAAAACGGAAGUUGUUGUUGCUGUCGCCCCAGAAGAAACUGCUGUACUAGAGUCUGACCCGACACCACCUCCCGUUGUGCAAGAGGGUUUCGAUUUCAACGACCUUUUCAAGCCCGACUUUUGUCCCCGGAUAUUUACGGGCACUGGUGGUGCGGAGGCAGAGGAGCCUGGUAGCAGAUUCAGUCAGUGGUUCCGCCGAGAGAGUCCCCCUCCUCCUUCUGCUCCAGAGGAUCAUGAACACCCUGACAUUGGAUCCACCAACAACCGCUUGCGUUCACCUCCAAGUACGGAGGCCUACUUCACCCCAAUCAGUCCUGCACUUCCUCAAGACCGUACGUCAUCACCGCGGGAAAAGAGCAUUCUCGACAUCCUUCUCGACGCCAACAUUCGGGUGGAGCCACACCUCAUCAACGGAGAUGCUGCAAAGCAUCAUCUCUGGGGCAAGGCGAAGAAUGUGUCUGAGUUGGAAGCAGAUCUAAAGGAGACUGUAUUUGGGAGUCAGGCAAUGGGUAGAGUACGAGCAGAGGAUGAAGACAGGCUGCCACUCGAGGGACUGCUGGGGAAAUUACAAAGUAGUCACGGUUCCCAGCAGCACAUGAUUAAGACACAAGGUGGUCUUCAACAAGGGGUGCAAAACCAUGGCUUUCAGCAUCCAGGAAUUCAGUUUCAAGGAAACCAGAGCCAAGCUUCUCAGCAGUUAUUUCAAAAUCAGGGACAAGCGAGCCACGGACAUGAGUUUCAGGCAUCUCAGCCUCCAGUUCUGGCGCACCUCCUUCAGCCCUCAAAUGUGCCAAAACCCUCUGCUUCAGCAUCUGAUGUCUUGGCCAGGUUCCUGGGAGCAGCAGACAGUCCUACCUCUCCCCUCCCCCGUGGACGACCCUCGCACUACCCCAUGUCUGGAGGGGCAGGGGUACUGCUCAAGCAGCCCAUGCCUUUGCUAACAACCCAAAGGCCAUCUCCUACUCAGCAGUUGGAAAGUCUUCUGACAGGGGAUCCAACCCUGCGGGGCCCUUCCCUCGGGGGUCCUCUCUGUCAGUCGCCACUCCCAGAUCCGCACCGUGUGCCAUCACCUCUAGCUGCAUUUGGACCUCACACGUCCCCCAUUCCCCAGGGAGGUUCUUCAAAUACAUUGCAGGUGCAUAGCCCAGCCCACGGUGUCCGCGUGCCGUCUCCGCAAGAACUGGCUGUGCACACACAGUCCAUCCUGCAGACUGCAUUACUCAAGAAGAUUCUUGAAGAGCAGAAGCAAAAGGAAAACCUUCGCAAGCAGCAGGAGGCACGCAGGAUGCAGUCACCUUCAAAGGGUACUAGUCCAACUAUGGCAGCCUUCACCCCGACCUCUGUCAUGCGGAAGAUGCACCUAGAUCGCAGUGAGCAGCCUAAAACUCUGCCUCCAACUUCGACUCAGGCUUCUAGUGUUGAGAAGGAGGACCUGAAUCCUAUCGUUAGCGCAUUAAAUGGGACGAGCAUUGGAACAACUGGGGGUCACGAGAACGGAACUGCACCGAGGCAGUAUCGCAGCACCAUCGGGCGUCCGAUCAUGAAGUCCACAGGAGUAAAGCCAGACCCGAAGCCUUUUCAGCACAAUGCUGGGAUGUUGAGGCCAUCAGAAGUUGACGUAGUGGCCAAGCUGCUGGAUCAGCAGCGACUUCUCGGCAACGCUGCUCCCUCGGCAGCUGCACCAGGCGUGCCAGGCCUUCCACCCCUCCUGCGCUCGAACCUGCCUCCGCCUAGACCCGUAGCUCCCCCCAUUAAGCGCCCACCUCCUCCACUGGAGCUACUUCAACAGGCGCUCGCGCAUGGAUUGCACCCGCUGGCUUUUCAGCAGCUGCUGGUGGCUCAGCAGCAGCAGCAGUUAGCAGCUGCCCAGCAGAUGGCACACCAGCACAUGGCUCAGCAGCAUGUGACUCAAUCUCAUGUGGCUCCGCAGCAUAUACCGCAACCUCACGCUGGCCCACAGCACUUGAACCAGCAACACGUGGGCCAUCCCAACAUGGCUCAGGGAUUUGGGACUGCCUCGCACCUGCACCCACUGCCACAGCACGCAGCUGCUGGUAUACACCGUGGCCAGACUGUGGGACGUGGUUCGGCAUCACCCGUGAACCUUGCCAAGUGGUUUGGCAACGAUGUCCUCGGACAGCAGCAGAACCCCCUCCCGCCUGUGCCCCACCAGAAGGCCCUGCUGCUCGAAGAGGUAGAACGUCAGCAGCAGCAGCCGACAGCUGUGAAAAACUGACUGCUGGACAGCACGAAAAGUAUCGUACAGCAGCAGCUGCACUGGCUAGGAAGGCUGUAAUAGAUUUAUUAAUGUGUGCUAUGUACAUACAUUGUGCAAAAGUAUGUGUGUGUGCUUUUUAUUCUCAGUUGGAUUUUAUAUACGCGCGGUCUCUUUUCAUUUUAUGUCCUUGGGAUGCCAGCACGGAGUCAAGUGCACCAGUUUCCUUCAUGUUCCUUUUCUUUUCUUUUUUUUUUUUUCUUCCGCAGACAAUCGUUAAUUUGGCUGGCAACCUGGCUAGCCUUGCGGUUUGGUGUCUUUUGUGUUUGAUUGCUCCCGUAGACCUCGGAGUGGGUUUUGUGUGCUUUUGUUUACCCACCCGGUGCCCAUGGCCAUGCAGCCGAGUGGAUGAGCGGGGGAAAAAAAAUGUCUGUGAUAGUCUCCACGGGAGGUCUUGAGUGUUAGGAUGAGCUUUUUUUUUUUUUUUUUUUUCUGUAUUGUUGUUGUUGUUGCAACGUGUGCAGUCUGUUCUUGUCGGUGCUAGAGUCUCAAUGUGCCCAUUUUUUGCGGAAGCCUUUCAUUUUGUCUCAGUCAAACCAGCUGUACAUACGAGAUGUAUAUUAUGUGUAUGUGUAUAUAUCCGGCAGUGUUGUUCUAAAACGAUGCGGUCUUUCUGGUGGCUUCGUUGUGUGGACAGUUGUACAUAGGAGUGUGUGCGCGAAUGUGUGCCGGUGGAGCAGUUCACUGGAUGAGAGAGAAGUUGAAAUGUAAACACUUAUUGCUACACACGCAUACAUACAUACAUAUAUAGAUAUAUAAACAUAUAAAUAUAUAUAAAAGGACGGCCAUGACGCACCCCAUGGUGGCUCGAACGAGCAGUCUCUGCUGCAGUAUGUUCACUACUAAGUUAUUAAACCUGUUUAUGGAGAGGUGUUUGUUCCCGCACAGGGAAACAAUGACAGAAUAAAAAUGCUGAUGGUACUACUUUCAGAUCUGUUUAAUCAGCCGGACGAAGGUAGACGACUCUUCCCAUUUGCUCGGAAAUUUACUGCACCUCCUGCGCGUGGUGACUAAAAUGUGUUCAAAUCUGAUCUGGCCGUGUGCUUGCAUUGCUGUGAAGCCGUACUUUGUGUGCGAACCAUUCAUCCUUCGUAUUGUUUCUGCUAUUGUUCUGCUAUAGUUGUGUUCAUCGUACUGAAGGAAGAGUAGUUCACUGCACAUUGAAGACGUGCGAAUAAACGUUUUUCAGCUGAG